CUAUAGAGUUUAGGCUAUAGUAGUUAUGGGUAGCUUAUUAUUUAUUACUCUGUAGUAUACUUAGUGUGUUUCUGUCUCGUGUUAUUAAUUUUGAAGUUUUGAAUAAUUAUAAAUACAAGUUAUUUAUUGAAGUUUCAAAAUUGUAAAUUAUUAAACAAUAAAUCUUAUAGUUUAAUGCAUAAUCAGCCAAGACUUACGUUUUUAAGUGUUAAUUGAUAUUUAAUAUUUUCUGUUUAAUAAAUAAAUUUAAUUUUUAGUUUCAAGGAUUUUUAUUACUAUAUAAUGGGUGGUAAAAAAGCACCAUCUAAAAAUCGAGUAUAUGAAAAAGAACGCAGAGAUCGUUUGAAUGUAAGUUUUGAAGAAUUGCGAACUGUUCUUCCACCAUCAGACUCUAAUGCUUCAUUAGGUAAGGCUGACAUUAUUAACCAUGCAAUAGAUUUAAUUCGUGUUUUACAAAAUGAAAAGCUGAAGACAUCAAGUAUGCAUAGAAAGGAAUUAAUUCGCUUACAAAAUAAAGUAUCCCAUUUAUGCACAAGAAUCAAAAACCUAAUAUCCACUUUAAAAGAAUCAAAAAUUAAAGUACCAAAAGAUAGAUCUAUUAAAAAGAUGAGUAUUCAAAAUAGAUCAAAAACUAAACCUAAAAAAGACACUGGUAUCAGAAAUAGUAAUAUAAAGAAGUUUAAAAACAAACAAAAAUUAGCUCAAAAAGUAAGGCCUAUUACUUUAGCUACUAAACCUGUUAAUAUACCAGUUUUAACUUCAACUAACCCUACAUUUAUUUUACCCAAUGGACAUUUGAUCAAAAUUGAUACUGCACCUAUUAUACCUCAGUCACAGAUCAUAUUUGAUAUACCCAAAAUACUUUUGUUACCCGAUUAUAAAAGUUCAGAGAUAUUAAUUGCUCCUAAAAAGAAUGAUGGAACAAUUACUACAUCUAUGAACAAGAGACCUAUACCAUCAUUAGUAACAUACAACAGAUUAUUAAAAGAAACUAAUUUUUUGAAAGAUAGUAAAGUAGAAAUAACUAACAAUAAAAAGCUAAAUAGUAAAUCUGAAAAUAAAAAUGAAUCCAAUAAUAUACAAAAAGUUGAAAAAAACAUAAACAAAAAUAAAAUAGAAGAAAGUGAUAAACUUAGGUGUACAGAACCAGUAAAAUCAAAUGAUAAUAGAGGUACAACAACAAGUCACACAAUUGAAGCUAUAGUGAAGGACAUCAAUCAAGAUAAAAAUGAAAAAUCUAUUGAAAGAGAGGAAAUUGUAACAAAUAUGACGAUUUGUGAUGGAAAUAAAAAUACAUUAAAAUCCAUUGAAACAGAUAAUAAAAUAACAACUAAUUCGCCAGAGUGUUUAUCAACGGCUCAAACUACAUCUACUAUUGUUAAUCCAUUAAGUAUAUUAACGGAAGAAAAUCAAAGAAAAUCUAUAGAAACAGCAAAAAACAUUAUCUCUUGUUUUGAUGACAUACGGUUACCAAUACCAAAUACAGAUUUUUCUACAGAUUUGUUUAGUUCUCUUCAGGGGCCAGUCGGAGGACAUCACGCAGACUCCAUGUCUCCGACAGAAGCUUUUCUUCUUUCAUUUCCCCUGGUUUCAACUUCAAAAAACACUAAUAUAUUAAAUGAAUCUGAACAAACGGAAAUGCAUUCAGCUACACCCACAACAAUAUUGCAAAUUGGUAACUUGGAAUCUCCAGCUACAGAAUUAUUCCAGAAAAAUGACGAUGAUUGUGAAAAAGAUCAAAAUAAAGAUAAAAUGAAAGAUCAAUUUGGUUUUAACGUCAAACCAUUCUAUAAUGAUGGAUAUAUAGACAUUGGUAAAAAGAAUGAUCAACACUAUGGUUAUAAAGAGGUUAAAAAAUUAAAACCAAUACCUCCACCUCAACCAACUGCUUCCACUUACCAUAAGACAUCUUAUAAUGAUAUUUCUUCUUAUUAUAGAACCACUCAAUCAAAUUCUGAUCUUUGGCGGUAUACUAGUUAUAAUUCGUUUGAUAAAAAUCUUAAUAAAAAUAUUAAAAAGACUGAUAAAUCUACAUCUACAGCAUUUGUAAACAAUGUUCCUUAUGUAGUACCAUAUGACCUAAAUACAGUAAAUUCAACUAAUACAACUACAUAUAUUGAUACUGAAAAUUAUCAAGAAGUUUGGCCACACAAACCAAAACAGAAAAAGAAACAAAAUGAAAAGAGUGUUCCAGUUAACUGGAUGACAGAUAAAGGCUGUCAAAAUUCUUAUGCAAAAAAAGAUGACUAUAGCUAUCAAAAGAAAAACAAUUUUGAUAUGUCAUUUGAUUUACAGCCUGAACCUAAACAAACAUAUUCAUGGUCACCAUCUAAAACUAUCCCUUUAUUACCUCAUUUGGAUACUAAUAUGCCUUCAACAUUACCGACUCUAGUAGGAGAUUUAGCUUUGAAUAUUAAUACAGGUUCUAAUACUCCAUUUGAUCAAAGAGUUUAUGAAUGCAACAAAAAAAGUGACAAUACAAUCCCUGUUACAAGUAGUGAGCAAAAUAUGCUCAAUUAUAAAUCUCGUUCUGUUAAUUCAAAUUUCCUAUCCGUCAGUCAGUUAGUAGAACAACCCAAGUCAAAUGAUAAACGAAAAGGUAGAAAUUGUGCUAAGGAUUAUUGUUGUGUGUACCAAAAUCAGAAAACAGAUAAAGAUUAUUAUCAAAAUCAAACUAAACAAUAUUACCCUGAGAUUAAUACCUUUGAACAAGAUCAAUCUUGGGUACGAUCAAAAUAUUCACACGAUUCUAGUAGAUCAACAAAUCACAGUGCUGAAUCUUUAAUUAGGCAUCAACAAAAACAUGGUUCUAUUAUAAAAUCAGGUUCAAAAAACCAAAAUGUAACUAAUAAACAAACUACCUGUUAUAGAACAAGCCAAAAACCAAGUUAUAAUAACAAUGAAAAUUUUGGCAAUUAUUAUAAUCAACCCAAUAGUAAUUAUCUAUAUGAGAAUAUAAAUGAUUUAGACAAACAACCAUCUUCAUAUCAAAUACCAUCUAAUUUCUAUACUCCUCCGACAACUACGAAGCAUAACAUUUCAAAUUAUAUACCUCUACCUACAACAUUUAGCAUGACAAGUUCAAGUUACAAUAAGCCAGUUCAACAUUUUACCCAGAACACAAAUAACUAUUAUAACAGCAGUAGCAAUGUGAACACUUUAACAAACUUCAAUUUAAGUACUAUAUUUCCAGAAAUGAUUGAUAAGGAACCGAAUAUAACACCUUUAGGUGCACCAAGUAAAAAUAAUGAAUUUGAUGUCAUGAAUAAUUAUGGAACCAAUAUACAUUCAUCUUAUUAACUGAAAAAUAAUAACAGAGGUACCAAGCUGCCAACUUUUACGCAUAGGUGUGGCUACAUUCCGAAUGUCAAACCGGUUGGUUGACUUGGUGGUAGAAGCAUCUGACCGGUGCCCAACAAAAACCUGUCGUUCCCCGGUACCGCUCUUAUUCUGAAUAGAGUUUAGGUUGUCUAUGUAAAGACUUUAUAAUCUAUGAAAAUUAAUUUGACAGUUAAUUACAUUUUUAAUUUAUAUAAUUCAGUAUUUAUUUAUUUAUUUUUAUUUGUUACAGGUAUUGGCAUUGGAGAUUUUUUUUUAUUGGUCUAGAGCCUGGCAACUGGCCUCAGCUAUUGUGAGGGGUUAUGGUCGUAACGGCACAGUUAGGCCAUUGGAUGGUUUUGGAGAUUUUUAUAUUUGAUAAAAGAGGAAAUAAUGUAAAGAAGCUUUUGAAAUAUUCUAAAAACAUGUAUGGAAUUGAAACAUUUUUUCAAUUAGUGUAAAAUGCAGAAAUUGAUAAAUUUCCAAUUAUCAAAAUAUGAUGCAGAAAAGCAGAUGAUAAAUCUUUUCAAUAAGUACCUACUGCCUAUUUUCAACAAAUUGUAUACUAUCAUGUUGUUAUAUACUAUAAAGAGUGAUUCACCAAACUGCUUCUACUUUUUUUCUUCAAUAAUGCAUUUAUUAAAAAUCUGAUUUUUAGAAUUUUAAGAAAUAUUCUGUGGAUUUAAAAACAACUUCUGUUGUUCAAAUGAGAAUCACAAUUUUCUACUAUAAAUUUUGUUACCAUAAUUUUUCUGAAAAUUAUGACUUAUCAAAAUCAAAAUUUCAAACGAGUAGUUAAUGAGUUAUUAUUAAUAAAUUCAUUAUUAAACAAAAAAAUUGGGUUGAGCAUGUUUGGUGAUUCACCCCUGUAUAAUUGUUGGUUAUAUUAUUAAUGUAUGAAAUAAAUAAUAUUUAAUUAACAUGUGUGACAUAAUUCAAUUAAAUAAUUAUAUCCUACUUUUAGUGAACUAUUAUAAAAUAGUACAAAUAUAAUUAACAAAAUAAUAUAAUACUAAUAAUAAAGUAUUCGUAUCAAUGACAACCAAUUAUUCAGUAAUACUCAGUGAAUUUAUUCUUGGUUAGAAAGUUGUUCCUUAUCUUUUUAGUAUAAAAACUGUUUUGUUCUUUAAUGUGCAAGUAAUGACUUGAUCUUAAUAUCUUAUCAAUACAUUAAACAUUUUCCUACUCAGUACUUUUUGAGAAAUCAUUUUUUCAUACAUGGUUUUAAGCCAGAUUUAAUUGAUUUUGGUUUUGGUUUUAUAUUAACACGGAAAUCGCCAUAGGCGCCCCGCCCUCGGGUUUCUGUUUUAUACUAUAAGAUUGAAUUUAAAUAUUACAUUUUCACCAUUAAUAAGUUUAGUACAGUUUUAUUUAAAAAUUUUAUAUUUUUAUUAUUUCUAUAAUUUGAAAUGUUUACAAGGUUAUUUAUAUGUAUACAUUAUUCUAAUUACAACUAAA